UAAUAAUCGUCACAAACAUAUUCUGAAAUUACUUAGUGGUUCAAUUCCAUUCAAGUUAUAAAUCAUUCCUCAGAAGUAUGAGUGGAAAUACACUAGACGAUGUGAUGACAGCUGUGAGCUUAAUUGGAUUGAUAACGUACACGGCUUUGGGCACUUUCGGAAAUAGUAUGACACUAAUUGUGGUGUGGCGCAUCCCCACUCUCAGCACACCGAUAAACUUCUUCAUCAUCAAUCUUGCUAUCGCUGAUCUUAUCAUUUCUAUAAUCGUCAACCCACUUUAUAUCGCCCAAAUUAUUUACAGCAUUAAAAAUUCCCCGUUUGAUGGCUUGCUGUGCAAUGUUCUUGGGUUCUUGACACUAUGGAGUUGUGCUUGCUCUGCGCUAAACUUAGCUGCUAUUGCAUACAACCGGUACGUAUGUAUACUGAAACCGUCUCGCUACACAGAGAUCUUUACCAGAAACAGAACCUUCUGGAUGUGCUUCGCAGUGUGGGGAUUUGCUUUGCCCUCGGUUCUACCUCCUGUCAUUGGGUUUGGAAGUCUAGGCUACAACGACCAGUUCAAAUCGUGUAUUGUUACUAAUGAGGUAGGUUCUUGGCAAUUUCUCACCACGGUGUUGUUAAUUAAUUUUUUGGUGAUUACGGCGAUCAUCGCUUUUUGCUACGUAAAAGUUGUCCGUAAGGUGAGUGCCAGUAUGAAAAAAACAAAAUCUAGUAAGCUGAAAAAGUCUCAACUCUCAAUAUCUACAGAGGAGAACACAGAGGGCAUUUCGGCAAAACGAAUAAAGAAAAGGAAAAACGAAUACACCAUUGCCAAGAAUUUAAUGGUCAUCUCAUCAAUUUUCACGGUCAGCUGGGUACCGAUGUGGUGCUUAUCAAUUGCUAAGAUCAGCGGUGCCAUAAUUCCACAACAGCUUUGGCAAAUCAUGGCAUUGCUAGCUCUAGGGAAUUCAGUGAUCAAUCCAAUAAUUUAUGCGUGGAGUAACAAAAAUUUCAGAAAAGCAUACCUUCAAAUCCUAUGUAAACAAACUACUACUACAAAUGUACAAAUGUAAAAAAAAAUAUAUAUAUAUUCUGAAUAUAUUCUUCCUAUAAAUGACUUUUAGGGCCUCUAGUGAUUCAACUCUCUUGAAGGUUAUGGUAAACGAUGUAAUAGGAAAGACCCACUACUCUUGUUGCUUCUGUUUUAGUGGCUACUAUCAAAGAGUACAGUAAGAAAAAAAAAGCAAGCAUUAGUUUAUUUAUUUUGUGCAUAAAAGAGCAAUACUUUUAGCCUACUCUUUUAAUAUAGGCAUAGGA